UUGGAACUCGGAAGACUUUCGAUCCGAGCCUCAGAUUUGGUCCUCUCUCUUUCAUAAUAAGCAUCCUGAAAGUAUCUCGCUGAUUUUCGAUUCCUGCAGAGCUUCUUCUUUUUUAUUUAUUUAUAUUUUUCUUUCUCUCUUUCUCUCUCACUGUUGAAGCUUGAGCUCCUCUACUUCAGUCACACUCAAAAGGAGCUCGGAAUUUUCUCGGGAAAGCGCAGAAUUUUCUCGACAAAAGCGUGAUGGGAAAUUUCUCUCUUACGCUUUUGGAAACUUAAGCGAGUUAGUUUUGAGAUCCUCGUUGCUUUCAUCUUGGUGUUUGUUUGGUGGAGAUCUUCUGCGAUGCUGUAGUAGUCUUUGAUCCAUUGGACUGACCUGAACAGUGAUCAUCUGUGAUCAUUUUGUUUGCAUUUUUAAUCAAACAUGGCCCAGAGUAAUUGGGAAGCCGAUAAAAUGCUCGAUGUUUACAUUCAUGAUUAUUUGUUGAAAAGAAAAUUGCAUGCUUCUGCAAAAGCUUUUAUGGCUGAAGGGAAGGUUGCCACAGAUCCAGUUGCAAUUGAUGCACCAGGAGGAUUUCUCUUUGAGUGGUGGUCUGUCUUUUGGGACAUAUUCAUAGCGAGGACAAAUGAGAAGCAUUCUGAGCCUGCUGCUGCUUAUAUUGAGGCACAACAAAUUAAAGCAAGGGAACAACAACAGCUGCAAAUGCACCUCAUGCAGCAGCGUAAUGCUCAGUUACAGCGCAGGGAUCCCGGUAAUCCUGCUCUUGGUGGUUCUAUAAAUGCUAUAAACUCCGAUGGAGUGAUGGGACAACCAUCAGCCAGUGUGCUAGCCAUGAAAAUGUAUGAAGAACGUAUGAAACAUCCUCACUCGAUGGAUUCUGAGACAUCUCCAGCACUAAUUGAUGCUAAUAGGAUGGCCCUUCUUAAAUCUGCAACCAAUCAUCAAGGCCAGUUGGUACAAGGGACUUCUGGCAACAUCGCAGCCUUGCAGCAAAUCCAGGCACGGACUCCUUUGACCGCUGACAUCAAAAGUGAAGUCAACAUUGGUGCAACUCAGAAAAGUUUGCCUAUGGAUCCUUCAAUUUAUGGGCAAGCAAUUCUGCAAUCAAAAUCUGGACUUGGUGGUGCAGGAUUGAAUCAAGGUGUUACUGGUCUUCCUCUAAAAGGCUGGCCCUUAACUGGAAUUGACCAACUAAGACCAAACUUGGGUGUACAAGUACAGAAGCCUAAUCUACCGAUCCAGAAUCAGUUCCUUUUGGCAUCCCAACAACAGCAAGUCUUGGCACAGGCUCAGGCACAAAACCACUUAGGGAAUUCAGCUAGUUAUGGAGAUAUUGACCGUAGGUUUUGUGGACUGCCUAGGGCUAGCAUGAAUGCAAAAGAUGGUCAAUCCUCAAGAAAUGAUGGAUCCAUAUGCUCUCCUGUGCAAUCAAGUUCACCAAAGAUGAAGAUGGCCCAGAUGCAACACUCAUCUUCUCAACAACAAGACCAAUUGCAACAGCAGCAACUACAGCAGAAUAACAGAAAAAGGAAACAACACUCUUCCUCUGGACCUGCUAACAGCACCGGUACAGGAAACACAGUUGGCCCUUCACCUAGUUCUCCAGCUUCAACUCAUACUCCUGGUGAUGGAAUUAAUACAGCCAGUAGUCUGCAGCAUGGUAAUGGUAUACCAAAAAGCUUGAUGAUGUAUGGUCAAGAGGGAACAGGAAGCCUUGCUAUGUCUUCAAACUUAUUGGAAGACAUGGAUCGUUUUGGAGAUGUUGGCUCUUUAGAUGAUAAUGUUGAGUCUUUUUUGUCAAAUGACGGAGAUGGACGGGACCCCUAUGGAUCAAUAAAACAGAGUCCUACUGAGCUCCGGAAAGAGACCUCUAAAGGAUUUACGUUUGGUGAAGUUGGCUGCAUGCAGACCAGAAACAGCAAGGUUACCUGCUGUCACUUCUCUUCGGAUGGGAAGUUGCUAGCUAGUGCUGGACAUGACAAAAAGGUUGUUAUCUGGAAUAUGGAUUCUCUGCAAAGAGAGAGUACACCUGAGGAACACAAAUUACCUAUUACAGAUGUUCGUUUCAGACCGAAUUCAUCUCAGCUGGCAACAGCUUCAGUUGACAAUUCUGUGCGAUUAUGGGAUGCAGCCAAUCCCAACUACUGUUUGCAAGCAUAUACAACGCACAAUUCAGCUGUUAUGUCCCUUGAUUUCCACCCUAGAAAGACUGAUUUAUUCUGUUUCUGUGAUAAUGACAAUGAAAUUCGCUACUGGAAUAUCAAUCCGUUCUCCUGUGUUCGUGUUUCAAAGGGAGGUACUGCACAGGUUCGUUUUCAACCUGGAGUUGGACAUCUACUGGCUGCAGCAUCAGAUAAAGUGGUGUCUAUAUUUGAUGUUGACACUGACAAGCAAAUACACUCGUUCCAGGGACACUCUGAAUUGAUAAAUUAUAUAUGUUGGGAAGCAAAUGGAGACCUUUUGGCAUCUGUUAGUCAGAACCUGGUGAAGAUUUGGUCAUUGGCUUCAGGAGAUUGUAUUCAUGAGCUUGGCUCUAAUGGGAACCAGUUUCAUUCUUGUGUUUUUCAUCCAAGUUAUUCAACUCUCUUGGUGAUUGGGGGAAUCUCGUCUUUGGAGCUUUGGAACAUGGUUGAUAACAAGAGCAUGACAAUUGCAGCACAUGAGACUAUAAUAUCAGCUUUGGCUCAGUCACCUGUCACGGGCAUGGUUGCAUCUGCAAGUCAUGAUAGUUAUGUGAAAUUGUGGAAGUAAUCUCAAAACUUCGUCGCUAACAUCCCACACUAAAAAAAGCCCUUCUAGUAGUACCCAGAAAUCUGGGGACUUGCAGUAACAAGGCUAUUAGAGUGAUUUUUCCGCAAUAGCUACUAGUAUAAAUGUCGUAAUGUUUCUGUUGUUAUAUGUAACAACUUAUAAAACAAGCAUUUCAUCAUCGUUCUGUUUGAAUGAUGAUAGUGAGCAGUCUCGAGCAUGUCUGAUGGAAGGUGAGAUAGGAUAGUCUAAUAUAAUUUCUUAAUUUGCCAAUAUUCCUGUUCAAGCAAAGUAUAUUAUAAGUGCAGAGCCUUGGCUGGUUUGGCAUACAGGUUCUUAAAAAUUGACCAGUUAGAACGAGUACUGGUGGCCUUGUUCUGGCGUCAUAACUUCAAUCCAAACACGGACAUAGCUUGCCUACAACUACGGAGAAUUUAUGUUCCCUGGUCUCCAUUUCAGAGUCAGGACGGCUAGUUUUUCUAGUUCUAUUACAAUGAGAAUAAGAAACAAAGAUUGCACAUGGAGGAGGAUUGGCUGAAGGAAGGAGAAAGUUCGUUUUUCUUUGUUAGUGUUAUUUGCAUGAGAAGCACAGAUUGCACAUGAAGGAGGAUUGCUAAAGGAAGUUCGAGGCACACGUCACUCUGGAGAAAGUUUGUUCUUCUUUGUUCGGUGUUAUUUGCUCCUUUCCCAAACUAAAUAGAAGUAUUACGAAACAAUGCCUACAGAAGCCCACAGAUUUUCUGGCUAUGGGACUUUUUUGGGCCUAAGAAGUGCAAAAUUGGGCUUGAGUUUGCAUGACAGACCUUCGUGAGGAUUGCUAAAAUACUCGAUAAUCUAAUUAGAGGAUUUGGCGAGUUUAUUUUGUGAGGACGUAAUACUUAUGGUUGUUAUACCAUUCAAUUUUAUUUUA